UGGAGCAUUUUUUUCUCUCUUUCCUGCAAGGCGCACGUGCCCGCGUGAACCGCGGCCAGCUUCGAAUGCCCACAGAAAGGGAAAGUGACAAUAUGGCGGAUCAGAUGUAACUUUUUCUUCAUAGAUAAGACUUCUCGAGGAACUUUUUCGACUUUCGUCAUCCGAAUUGUGAUACUGAACGUGCGUAGAUCCUUCGUUUCAUGAUUGUUGAAACAUCGAGUACUGACUAGAGAUAGCUUUGGAACUUUGAAAAGGCUAAACAGCGGCGAUGUCUCCAUUGAGCUCGAGUGACGAACGAGACCCCGAUUACGAAGUGAACUACAGAGGAUCCGGCAGGAAACGUCGCCCUACGAGUCGUACCUCUGGUCGUAAGAGGGCAGGAAAAAGAGGACGACCAAAAGGAUCUGCACCAAGGAGGUACGCGUCGCGGACGGCAAGCACGACCCAAGAGUGCUGCCCCGUCAUCAUAACGGAGGAAAGGGAGAGCGACAUCCUGGAGAGGGCGCACGAUUACGUUACAAGCAUCAAGCCAGACCCCAGCACCGUUGUGUUUCACGGUACAUCGGGGCCAUUGGGCGCGCCCACGAGCCACCAAAGACGUUCGGCUCGCGGUACGACUCACAGACGCAAGCGGCAGUCGUACAGCAACGUCGACCAGUACGUCGUUACGGCUAGCCACUGGGACAAGUGCGGAUUGCCCCCUGGGACUACAGUGCUUCGACCAGUCGAGAAACUGGUGCAGUUGGUGGCACAGGCCAUAUACAGUAGUCCGCACGGCCUGCUUCGCGUGCAUCACAUUUACAUGGCUCUACAGAAGAAGUAUCCUUACUUCACCUUCCUGCAGAAGAAGGCGCUAAGCAGCUGGAAAAGCUCCAUCCGACACGCGUUGUUCCAGAAGUGGUUCAUCAAGUUCCGCAUCGCGAGCAACUUGAACUGCGGUAAGACACGCUGCUUCUACUGGGGACUUAACUACAACAGCCACCCGAAGGAGUGGACCAUGCCAGGACUGGCCAGCCAAGUGAUUGAUCUAGACGAUUGUGUCGACGUGAAGCCCUUCGGGGACGAUCUCGGAGAAUUCCUGCUGGAUGAGUCAGCAGACUUGGAGUGGCUUCUACCUCUGGAAGAUGUAGAUGAGAAGCCAGUUCUGAGAGACCUUCAGGAGAUAGUAGAUGUGCCACCUUCUUGUGAUAUCGCGCACGUUUUCAGUUCCGAACAACAGGGCUCUUCGCCAAGCGAGAUGGAGGUUGAUAUGGAGUCACUCCUGGAUGCAGAAAGAGCAUUGGAUUUCAGCUAUGCAGACACUGUAACAACAGAUGUACCUGUGACGUGGCCAGCAGAGUGGCCAUCGGAGUGGGCCUCUGCCUCUUUCGAUCUCGUUCCAUCAGCUUCGGGGGCGACUACAGCCAAUCAGCUGCCCUAUUUCGAUUUCCUCUGCAUGAACUGACGCGCAGUACUCCUGUUAAUGGUUUUAAAAGCAUCGGUUGCUAGUUUUAGCGAAAUUGAAGUCGAAACGCUUUUAAAGAACCGAUUUGACAAUGAUCUCAGUCAUGCAUCGACGACGGUAAUUUAAUUCCUGGUGGCCAUUCGUUGCCGCAUCUGUGUAAUGGUGAAUACGUCGUUGUGUGGGGACAUUCGAUACGACCAUGUCAGAAAAUUGGCCACGUUUUUUCGUUUCAUGAACCGGGUACUUUUAUUGGAUCAAGUUUCAUUGUAUCAUGUCAUCGUUUUAAUAAACGCAUCGUUUCUUCCA